AUGAAACAGUGGAUUCAAUGGAAGAUUCAACAGCGGAUUCAAUGGAAGAUUUCAACAGUGUAUUUGAUGGAAGAUUCAACAGUGGAUUUGAUGGAAGAUUCAAUGAUGGAUUCAAUGGAAGAUUCAACGAUGGAUUUGAUGGAAGAUUUCAACGGUGGAUUUGAUGGAAGAUUUCAACAGUGUAUUCAAUGGAAGAUUUCAACGGCGGAUUUGAUGGAAGAUUUCAACAUGUAUUCGAUGGAAGAUUCAAUGAUGGAUUCGAUGGAAGAUUUCAACGGUGGAUUCGAUGGAAGAUUCAACGGUGGAUUCGAUGGAAGAUUUCAACAGUGUAUUCGAUGGAAGAUUUCAACGGCGGAUUCGAUGGAAGAUUCAACAGUGUAUUCGAUGGAAGAUUCAACGGUGGAUUCGAUGGAAGAUUUCAACAGUGUAUUCGAUGGAAGAUUCAACGGCGGAUUCGAUGGAAGAUUUCAACGGCGGAUUUGAUGGAAGAUUUCAACAGUGUAUUCGAUGGAAGAU